AUGGACUUAUCGGAUGUACUGACUCCUGUAAUGGCCACGAUGCCAGCCACUUUAUCACCAAACUCUUCUCUGGAGAACCAGACGUCCUCUUCCUCACCGAGAUCUCCUUCUCUACCUCCUCACUCGCAUGUUGCGUCAGUGUUCAUCGUGUUGGUGGUCACAGUCAUCAUCCUGGGGACUGUGGUUGGUAAUGUGCUGGUCGUGGUGGCAGUGUUCACCAGCAGAGCCCUGAGGGCGCCUCAAAACCUCUUCCUGGUGUCUCUGGCUUCAGCGGACAUACUGGUGGCGACACUGGUCAUCCCUUUCUCCUUGGCUAAUGAGGUCAUGGGGUACUGGUACUUUGGUUCCACCUGGUGCUCCUUCUACCUGGCUCUUGACGUCCUCUUUUGCACUUCCUCCAUCGUCCACCUCUGCGCCAUCAGCCUGGAUCGCUACUGGUCCGUCACUAAAGCCGUCAGCUACAACCGUAAAAGGACUCCUAAACGGAUUAAGGCCAUGAUCAGCAUCGUGUGGCUCAUUUCCAUUGUCAUCUCCUCUCCUCCGCUCCUCAUGACGCAGAAAGAGGAGGAUUUGGAGACGGAGGAGGAGAGCAACACACGGAGGCAGGAGUGUCUUCUCAACAACCAGACGUGGUACAUCCUCUCCUCCUGCCUCGUGUCCUUCUUCGUCCCGGGGGUCAUCAUGAUACUCGUUUACUGUAAGAUCUACCGUGUUGCCAAACAGCGAGCCUCCACCGUGUUUGUGGCGAAGAACGUGGUGGAGAGGCAGCCAUCACAGUCUGAGACCUGCUUUGUGGGCACAGCAAGGACUUGCCAAAGAAAGGGAGCCAGCUGCGGCGAAUCCCAGUAUGAGCUGGACAGCCCGCGGCCUGCGUACCGACACAGCUCUUCCAACAUAGACAGCAACAGCAGCAGUCAAAGGAGAGGAGAGCUGGAUGAUAUUGACUUGGAGGAGAGGAGCUGCGAAGCUGAUAUAAAAACAUCCUCCUCCUUUUCCUCGGCUCUUCGCUUCCCCAGGAGAGCCGCAGGAAGUGUGAAAACAGAGGAGGACGCAGAGGGAACCACAAACAGGUUGAAGCCUCCUCCUCCUCCUCCUUCCUGCGCCUCCAUAUCAUGGGCAUCAUCCGACCACUGCUCCCACCACUUCCUCCUCCCCUCUCCAGUGCCUGUCCGCAGCAGACAGAUGUCCAUGUCCAGAAACAAAGUGGCGCAAAUGAGGGAGAAGCGCUUUACAUUUGUUUUGGCUGUGGUGAUGGGGGUUUUUGUCCUCUGCUGGUUCCCAUUUUUCUUCACUUACAGUCUCCACGCUGUCUGCAGAGAGAACUGCACGAUCCCUGAUACACUCUUUAACCUGUUUUUCUGGAUCGGAUACUGCAACAGCUGCCUGAACCCCAUCAUAUACACCAUCUUCAACCGAGACUUCAGGAGGGCCUUCAAGAAGAUUUUAUUUGAGACUCAUAAACGAACAUAAGAUGUGAAUGUCUGUGUGUGUGUGUGUGUGUGUGUGUGUGUGUGUGUGUGCACUCUGCUCAGACACACAGCCAAACACAAAUGUGUGUGCACACAGUUUUAAUCCUGUUUUCCACUGUGCUGUCAUACCGACAUUAAAGGGCUUGUCAUACAGCC